AUGCCGAUCAAGGAGUUUGACACGCCGUACCCGUUGAUUGACACAGACCCGCACUUUAGGCGGGUCAUCAACUACUUCCGCCCCUCGGACUACACCGCGUGGGCCGGCACGGCUGCUGCGUUCCCCAGCGCCCUCUUUUUGUUGGAGCGCUCGGACCCGUCCCGGGCGCGCUACGGUCUGGGCACUGCGCUGCGUCUGUCUGCGUUCCUAGGCCUUGCGGGUGGUUUCCUGCUGGCAUACCAGCGCUCGACGUUCCGCUUCUGGGGCUGGACCGAGAACGACCGUGAGCACGAGCGUGCCAAGGAGGAGGUUGCCUCGGGCAAGGUCGCCGGUAUCGGCGCCUCGUCGCUCUCGCCUGAAAUGCAGGGCGCGGCCUUCCGCAACAGUCUCUUUUCCCAGCUGAACUUUGCCAUCAUGCCCUGGUUCAACCUGGUGAACCACGACCACCACGCGCCGUCGUCUGGCUCGGAGAAGUCCGAAUAG